CGGCACGGGCGCGUCAGUACGGCAGACGUUGAGUGACAGCUUCGCUCGCUCGGCUCGUGAAUUAGCAGCCACAUCAGACCGCCCUGGUAACCAAGCUUGGCGCCUGGAACUUGUUUCAUGGAAGCUAUCCCAGCCACGCACCACACCUACGCUGCAGCGCAUCAUCUCUCCACAACCCGCCCUGAACACUGCACCGCGCGCUCGCUCACCCUCUGCCAGUCGCUGCAUCUGCGAUUCGACAAAACGUCGCUCCUGCAUUACUCAACACGAGGCUGAGCUCCACUCAUCCAUAGCCAGCCAUGUCACGAUACGGCAAAUUCGACGACUUUUGUCGCGAUACAGGCAACAUGUGGUCCACGUUACCAGUCUGCUAUCUCUUCGAUCAAGCAUCUACAAAAAAAGGCACAGGGUGGGAAGGAGCCUGCACCUUGCGAGGCUUCCCUGUGGGCGGAGAUGCUAGACUUCGCAAUUUGGGUUCGAUAAUCAUCGCCGCUAUCGCAGUGGUCGUCUCUGCGUUCCUGCUAUGGAGGUCGCAACGAAAGAAGGCGGCUGUUGGGAGAAGAGAAAUGCAGCUUUUCCUCCUUGGCUACAUCAUCAUUUCGAUCUGUGAAAUCCUGACCAUUGGUGGCUUUCCACUCAGUAGCUCGGCGCGCCUGGCUUUCGCCUCGAUCCAUAUCGCCGCCAUCGUCGCGACAUCUUGGAUCCUCAUGCUCAAUGGCGUCGUUGGCUAUCAACUUCUGGAUGACGGCACCGCAGUGUCAAUCGGACUACUCCUCAUCUCGUCACUCAUCAUCUUCGUAGGCACGGGCUACAUUGCGCUCGAUACGGGUUUUAGCUGGACGGGCUACUGGGACUCAACCCUCGAGGUACCAAAUCGGGCGUAUGCUCUCUAUACGCUCUAUCAGCUUGCACCAUUGGUCUUCCUGGUCAUCUUCUUCCUGCUGGAAGCCUUUUUGGUGCUUCGCAUCCUGGGCGAGCGCAAGCCAAUGCUAUAUCUCUUGGCCGCUGCCCUCCUAUUCGCCAUCGGACAGGUCUUCCAGUACGUCAUCAGCGUCCACAUCUGCACCGGUACCGUUGGUAAAAUCAACGGCGGGCUGUUCGAGACACUGUUCACCCUGCUCGCGGUUGUCAUGAUUUGGGUAUUCUGGUCGAGCAUCACCGAGGACGACUGGCCAAUGCCCACCGUGGCGGGGUCUGGAUCCUAUAAUUAAUACGACGACGGGGACAUGUGGAGGAAGCAACAAGGAAUGGCGUAAUGUUUUCAUGAUUUUUUCCAAGCAUAGCGUAUACCAUUUUGGGGCUCUUUGGGCGCAUUCGAUGCGCCAUGCUGGCUAGCGC